UCCGCCACUUCCGGGAAACAGACUUUAUUCAAGAUGGCGACGCUGACAGUCAACCGGCCUCCUCAGGGAGGUUUCAGUUUCGAAAACUGCAGAAGAAAUGCUCUCAUAGAAGGAGAGGCUAACAAAGUUGGGUGCAGUUUGCCAUCAGCUCGCAAGACCGGAACCACCAUUUGUGGAAUUGUUUUUAAGGGUGGUGUUGUCCUUGGUGCAGACACAAGAGCCACUGAGGGCAUGGUAGUGGCAGACAAGAACUGUUCAAAAAUCCACUACAUCUCCCCCAAUAUUUACUGCUGUGGUGCAGGGACAGCAGCUGACACAGAGAUGACCACUCAGCUCAUCUCCUCUAACCUCGAGCUCCAUGCGCUUUCCACUGGCAGACUGCCUCGAGUAGCCACAGCCAAUCGCAUGCUCAAGCAGAUGCUCUUUAGGUAUCAGGGCUACAUUGGGGCCGCUCUGGUUUUGGGUGGGAUUGACUGCAACGGUCCACAUCUCUACAGCAUCUAUCCUCAUGGCUCCACAGACAAACUGCCCUAUGUCACCAUGGGGUCUGGGUCUCUUGCUGCUAUGGCAGUGUUUGAGGACCGCUAUAAGCCGGACAUGGAGGAGGAGGAGGCCAAGCAGCUGGUGCGUGAUGCCAUUGCUGCUGGAAUCUUUAAUGAUCUGGGCUCUGGCAGCAAUAUCGAUCUUUGUGUGAUCAGCAAGAGCAAAGUGGACUACCUGCGACCUCAUGAUGAGGCCAACAAGAAGGGUGUCAGGACUGGAGACUACAAAUACAAGAGGGGUACAACUGGUGUGUUGACCAAAGUUGUGGCCCCUUUGGAUCUGGAGGUGGUUGAAGAGACCAUUCAGACCAUGGACACCUCCUGAACAAUCAAGCAUUUAUCCAAGAUUCUUUUCCUUUAACUUCUUAAGAUACAUUUUGUGUUGCAAUAAAAGUGUCCAAUUGUUUAAAAAGUGCA